CUUCUCAGAACCCAACAACAAUAAGCAAGAAUGCAGGUACUUCGUUUGAUCAUCGCUCUAGUAGUGUUGCUGGGAUGUCAUUCGACGACAACAACAGCGUUCGUGCAGCCCACGGUCUCCAUUGCCCGGUCGGCUGAAAACAAUCGCCAGGGUCGUUUGCUGUGUGACCAAAAAUCGCGCCAUAACAACAACCACAACAAGAAUAGACAGUCGCUUGCAACACAACAACAACAACAAAGUGAUGCCGCCGACAACAACAACAAGGCGGAUGUCUUUUUUGAUGGACGAACUACCUUUGCCCUCGUGGGCGGCCAAUCGCUCUUGAUUCUGGGAAGCAUUGCCGUGGCAGCUUUGGUGGGCACACCUCGCUUUGGGCUGGGACCGGGAUUCGACCUCAGUUGGUCUGCCGUAGGCACCGGUGUCUUGCUGACACUGCCACUGGGAAUUCUGGCGGCUCUGUUGGAUUUGGUCGAAGAACGAUUCCAAGCCCUCAAGGAUGUCACCAAAGCCACACAACGGAGUGUUCUGGCAUUGUUGGGAGGUGAAUUCAAACCGGUCAUUGCCUUGGUCACAUCAUUGGCAUUGGGAUGUGUCGCUGGACUCGGCGAAGAAAUGCUCUUUCGAGGGGUUUUGCAAUUUGAACUGUCGGCACGAUUUGGGGAAGUCCUUGCCAUUGGCUUGUCCUCGGUCAUUUUUGGGCUCUUGCAUGCCGUGACACCCCUCUAUGCCAUUCUGGCAACUUUAGCGAGUGUCUAUUUUGGUGCAAUCUACAUUUGGUCGUCCAAUUUGGCAGUCCCUAUUGUGACACAUGCAUUCUACGAUUUGGUCGCAUUGCUCUUUGCUCAUUGGACCGUGUCCCGGCUCAGCGAACAAGAGCAACAGUCGCUGUCACUUUGGAAAGGACCUGGAGAUGUUUAGGUCUAGAUAGCUAGUUACGAGCUACGUACUCGAGGAGGUACCAAAAGAAGCGAAGCAUUCUCAGUCUCUUUUCUUUUUCGGGAUCAGCUGUACAUACAAACAUUCCCAGCGAGCUAGCUACCUACAGGACAAGUCAGAUCAUGCCAAACGAACGACCCUGACUGACUGGCUACGCACAAUAUUCAUUCAGCUACCUAUAGCUAACGUAGCUACAACUAACUACAUACGGUAUAGAUGCACCGCAAGUUUCAAAAGUCCAAAAAUCACUACUAGACCGACA